ACGGUAGAUAAUAGAGAGUGUUCAUUUUACAAUAUUGUUUGUGUUUUACACGCACCACGCCGGAAGUGUUUGGAGCUACCUGCGGUCAGCUGCGCGGGGAUAUCGACACUAACCUUGUCACUCAGAGCUCAGUAGAACCGACGACAGUGGACGUAUGCAAACAGAUUCUGGUCGCCGGACAUAUGAGUAGCUUUUUGUCAGAAGUUGUUUAAAUUGGGAAAUCUUCAGAUAACUAAGCAUUUAAGUAGAUGGUUCAACAAGGUUAGGACGCGACUGGUCUACAGUCACAUAAUCAUGACAAGUUCGGAUCACCUCUGGUGUGGACCUACCAACCAUACAACCGGCAGUAACGAGUCUUUCGAAUGGUCACUGCUCAACAAACUCAACGACGAGAAGGCUAUGUUGUACCUGCCAGUCAUCGUGGUGGUCGCCGUGCUGAUGGUGAUUGGUACCAUCGGCAACAUCCUCGUCAUAUACGUUUACAACUGGCGACUUAAACGACGAUCAGCCAAUCUGUUUAUCGGUACCAUGGCCAUUUUUGACCUGAUGAGUUGUGUGAUCGCCAUGCCGGUUGAGAUACUGGACCUUAGCAAUCCUUACAUGUUUUAUAGUGGCCCUAUCUGUAAGAUCUUCAGAUUCGCCGAGUCCAUCACGGUGUAUGGUUCGGCUAUAAUACUGGUACUUAUAGCAUUUGAUAGGUAUUUUAAGAUUUGCAAACCUUUAAGAAUUCUACCAUUAUCUCGAAUCAAGCUGAUGUGUGGUGUAGCUGGAUUUCUAGCUAUUCUCUUCUCCGUUCCAUCUCUCCUGCUCUUCGGCAUCACGUGCACGGAAACACCAGUGAUCGGUCUGCGUGGAUACGACUGUUCAAUUGAUGAAGCCUACAAGGGCGGUCCUUUCCAGCGGGUCUAUUUUACCACGCUUAUAAUAAUGUUCAUUACAGCAUUUUCAUGUAUGAUAGGGUUCUAUAUCAGACUGUGGAUAGAAAUCAAGCAUCGACGUGACACAGUUAUAUCUGAUCACGUGACCUCUCCGAAAUCACCGGCAGUGGUUAGGAAGUUCAAGGUCAGCAGGAACAGUACUAGCGACGAAGAGUCUGCUUCAAACAGUCACGCUUCUACCGAAAUGUGUAAAAAGUCCAAGAGACUCGCAAGUAUCGCAGAAACAUCGCCCCAAAUUAAACUUAGUCGUACAACGCUAAUAUUUUUCUCGGUUAGUAUAGUUUUCAUUGUGAGUUAUCUCCCCGGAAUAGUUAUCAACAUCUUCCGCGCAUUAACGCCAGAUUACCACUCGUCAAUGACACCACGAGAGGAGGUAUUGAUGAAGUUAUUAACUAGGACAUACCUCAUCUCUAACACAGCUAACCCUUUUGUUUAUAGUUUUCUCAAUACCAAUUUUCGCUCACAGUGUAGAAAGCUAUUUACGUCGGUUGUGUAUUGUUGUAAACAGACAAUGGUGAGAGAAACGUCGCCUGGUUUACGAAAGAAGAGUAAAGAGUCCCAACAAAGUGGAACAGAAAGAUGACAUUCGAACCCUACAAUGUACAACUAAGCAUUGUUUUGUAUUUUAAAUAAAGACAAUCGUUCAAAUUCA